UGGUCACAUUGUCAUUCCAAUUCGAAUAUCUUAAUACAGUACCUAAUAGCAAUGAUAUUUGAAAUGUCGGUUGUACGGUAAAUCGGUUAGAAGAAAUUUUCAGAAACUUUUUCAGUUGUUUGUUUAUUUUAAUUAAGUUAUUCUAAAAUCUACGUACUUUUAAGAACUCUUUUCAACAGAAAAAUAACAAUACACAAGUAAAAGGUAUUUUUUUAAAAAUGGCCUUGAAUUUUCAAAAUCUUAAGUUUCCUUCCGACAUUCCUUUGGAAUACAUCGACAAUGCACAAAAUACGAUGUAUAAAAUGCAAGAACAUAUCGAAGGACGUGGUCCAAAAUAUCAAUGGAGCUUGAAUGAUUUUGAAUUAGGGGCUCCUCUUGGACGUGGAAAGUUUGGUCGAGUAUAUCUUGCUAGAGAAAAGAGUACUCGUUACAUGAUUGCCUUAAAAACUCUUUAUAAGGUUGAAUUAAUAAAAGGUCGUGUUGAGAAACAAGUUAUGCGUGAAAUAGAGAUACAAUCGCAUUUACGGCAUCCACACAUUCUGCAAUUAUUAACUUUCUUUCAUGAUCACAAACGAAUUUACUUAGUAUUAGAGUUUGCUGCGAGAGGAGAACUAUAUAAAGAAUUAAAGCGUCAACCUGGAGAAAGAUUUAACGAGCAUCUUUCGGCUAAGUAUACAUAUCAAGUAGCUGACGCUUUGGAAUAUUGCCAUAAAAAUAAUGUAAUCCAUAGAGAUAUAAAACCAGAAAAUUUAUUGCUCACAUAUAAUGGUGAUGUCAAAUUGGCAGAUUUUGGAUGGUCAGUUCAUGCGCCUUCGUCAAAACGGAAUACAUUAUGUGGGACAUUGGAUUAUUUACCUCCAGAAAUGGUAACUGGACAAACAUAUGAUAUAUACGUUGAUCAUUGGUGCCUUGGAAUACUCUGCUAUGAAUUUCUAGUAGGGAGACCGCCAUUCCUUAGCGAUUCUCAACAAGAAACAUAUGUAAAAAUAAAAACCUUAAAUAUCCAAUGGCCGGAACAAAUAACACCCGGUGCCAAAGAUCUUAUUUCAAAGUUAAUCAAAAAAAAAGGUUCAGAAAGAAUAUCACUGGCAGCUGUAAAGAAACAUUUUUGGAUACAAGAACAUAAGAAUAAUGCAUAAUGAUUUACACACGUUAUGUUUACGUAAAAUGAUAAAACGUCAUAUUGAACAUUACCUCGUGGUUCAAUUGAUACUCGUUUGUUAUGUUUCAUUUUAACCAAAUGUACAACUAUUUUUAUACAUAUCACCAAUCUAUAUAUAUUAGCAAAUUAAGUAUAAAUCAAAAUUAUUCCUAAAAAGUUUUAAUAUAAAAGGAUUAUUAGACACUAUAAUUAAACACAAAUAUAAAUUUUUACAUACAUGGUCUUUUUACAUAAUAAAAUUAUAACAUUCUCUUAUUAGUGCCAUACAAUUCGAUUUAUUAUUUUAUUGUUCGUAUUUUUAACGAGGGCACGAUGCAGGAAGUAGAUAAUAGUCUUUUAUGGCCAAUCUAAAUUAAUGCUUAUAACAUCCAAUGCAACAAUAUCUACUUCGAUAUU